CCGUACACACUCCACCGUAUUUGUCGGAAGAGAGUUAACAGCGAGGUCACGAGGAAAUAAUCUUGGUAGAAAGUCAGUUAAAUAUGCAAAAACAGCUGCUUUUUUCACUUCAUUGACUAGAAAUUCUUGCAUGAAAAAGCAACUUUUAUCGUCGUUGGGCGUUUUGUUCGGCAAGGAAGAUGUCUCAAGAAGCUAGAACUACAGAAGAAGAAAAUGGAAAAGUCACUCGGAUUAUUCGCAUCGGAACCAGGAAAAGCCAGCUUGCUCGGAUUCAGACAGACAGCGUGGCCGAGCAGCUGAAAAAGCUCUAUCCAGACUUGCAGCUAGAGAUAGUUGCCAUGUCGACAGUCGGAGACAAAAUCCUUGACACUGCCUUAUCAAAGAUUGGAGAGAAGAGUCUGUUCACCAAAGAGCUGGAGAAUGCCCUUGAGAGAAACGAGGUGGACCUUGUUGUGCACUCUUUAAAAGACCUUCCUACCUCACUGCCUCCUGGUUUCACGAUUGGUGCUGUUCUCCAACGUGAAAAUCCUCAUGAUGCUGUAGUGCUUCAUCCAAAGAAUGCUGGACUCACUUUGGACGCCCUUCCAGAAAAUAGUGUGAUUGGCACGAGCUCGCUCCGCCGAGCGGCACAGCUGAAAAAAAGGUUCCCACAGCUGGAAUUUGAAAACAUUAGAGGCAACCUGAAUACUCGUCUGAAGAAGCUGGACGAGAAGGAUGACUAUGCUGCCAUCAUUCUGGCUGCAGCUGGUCUCAAGCGCAUGGGCUGGGAGAGCCGUAUCAGUCAGGUUCUGGGUCCUGAAGACUGCAUGUAUGCUGUAGGCCAGGGAGCGUUGGCGGUGGAAGUGAGGGCAAGAGACAGAGACAUCCUCAAGAUGGUGUCCAUCCUCCACCACCCUGACACUGUGCUGCGCUGCAUCUCUGAGAGGGCUUUCCUCAAGCAACUGGAGGGAGGCUGCAGUGUACCUGUCGCUGUCUACACAGAAAUGAAGAACUCUGUGCUCUAUCUGACAGGUGCAGUUUACAGUCUGGAUGGUGCUGACUGCUUGAAGGACACCAUGCAAACCAACAUCGAAUUAGAUAACAUGGUGCAUGACAGUGCAGAAGACCGAGCUCAUGUCGGAGUCACGGCCAACAACCUAUCUCUGAAGGCUCUGGAUGAUGCAGAGAAUCUGGGUGUUGAUCUUGCCAACCUGCUGCUCAGUAAAGGAGCCAAGGACAUCCUUACCACGGCCAGACAGCUCAAUGAUGUCCGAUAACAGCUUCUUUCAGCCGCCAGCAAGCCCUGAUCCACAUGAUCCAACUUAACACUGUCAACAUGAAAAAUGCACACACACACACACACACACACACACACAUUCAAAGUGAAGGUCAUGGGUUUAAACAGUACUAUUUAAAUGGAUGUAACAGAAUGAUUGUAUGCCUCUGUUUACCCAUGUCAUCACAACACUUUUUUUCAGCACCGAAUCCAUUGAUGACUGUUUAUAUGUAUUUUCAGUACUUUCACAGUACAAGAACAAACCAUGUUACAUGCUGAUAUCUUGAUUACCAUGUCAAGUAACUUAAACUCAGGUGCACUCAGAAAAAAAGGUUCCGAAACAGGGUUUUUUUUUUUUUUUUUUUUUACAUGCAACCUUUUUGUCCAAGAUUGUAUCUGGUGCUCAAAAGGACAGAGUUCACUUUAAUAACAUUCUUUGCUGAAACCAAGGGUAUAUAAAGAAAUCUGUUUUAGUUAGGUUGUACAUUUCUAUUUAGUCAUUAAGCAGUUUGCAGCUUAGUUUAUUCUCAUAUAUACUUCCAUUCAGCCUUUUGCCUGAACCUAUACUUUAUAUCCUCAUUGCAGUAAUACUUGGCGCCAUUUAGUUGCACACUUGAGCCUUCCAGUACUCACUCACUUUUUUUUUCAGCUAAGGUCUAAAGCUGUAAGACUAACAUAUCAGUUAUAAAUCAAGCUGAACGGAUAUGUAUUUUAAAAUAUAGCUACAGAGGUUUAAAAUUGCUACCACUAAUUCAGUUCUAGCUGUGCAACAUGCCAGCUGCCAAAACACAGGCCAAGCUUCACUAAAUUAAUAAAUACAUUAUAGAUUUUUCACAUUUUCCUUACUGUUUAGUUAAAAGUAACUUGUAGCUUUAGUAAUGGUAAUUCACAAGGUCUUAACUUUCUACCAGCUAGCAAAAUGGUUGUGCUCAUUUCAGCAGUUUCUCUACAUACUCUGCACACAGUGAGAGAUAUAUAUAUAUAUAUAUAUAUAUAUAUAUAUAUAUAUAUAUAUAUAUAUAUAUAUAUAUAUAUAAAGUUAUGGUUAUUUAAGCCAAGUAGGAAAUGCUUCAGUUUGACUGUCCCGGAUCUAGUUGUUCAAUGCAGGGUUGUAAUGUGUGUGCAGGAGGCUGUAGUGUUCUCAGUGGAAAAGGUGCAGGCUGAGACUCACUCAUUCAAUACUGAAUCAUUUAUGGGUUGGGUCUGAUGCCAGUAAGCUGUUUAUAGUGCCUAUAACCGGACAAGUGCCUUAAUGUGAUAAUAUGCAUUUUACAGAUUGUAUUAAGUUAAAUAUUAAAAUUAAAGCUUUCCCUCCCCUUAUUAUUUCA